AGGAAAGCUUACACAGAUCUGGUCUGGUAGGGACACUUCUCACUCAUACCCACAGAGAUAGCCCACCUCAAUCCCAGGAUGCCCAGCCGAACGGUCCGCUAUGCUCGCUACAGCCCCCGACAACGGAGGCGGCGGAUGUUGGCCGAUCGGAGCGUGCGCUUCCCUAAUGAUGUUCUCUUCUUGGACCACAUCCGCCAAGGCGACCUGGAGCAGGUGGGACGCUUUAUCAGGGCCCGGAAAGUCUCCCUAGACACUAUCUAUCCCUCAGGACUGGCUGCUCUGCAUGAAGCUGUGCUCUCUGGAAACCUAGAGUGUGUGAAGUUGCUAGUCAAAUACGGGGCUGACAUUCACCAGCGGGAUGAGACAGGCUGGACACCACUGCACAUCGCUUGCAGUGAUGGGUACCCUGACAUAGCCAGGUAUCUCAUCUCUUUGGGGGCAGACAGAGAUGCAGCCAAUGAUGAUGGCGAUCUGCCCUCUGACCUUAUUGACCCGGACUUCAAAGACUUGGUGGAACUCUUCAAAGGAACCAGCAUGGACUGAGCCAGGCGAGCCCUUUGGGGCUUGCGCCUCCUUGGGGAAGUGGCAAGCACCUUGCCCCAAGGACUAGAGUGCCCACUGGACAUGCAGUGAGGCAGCCAGGCUGGUUAGGACUUGUGGGGCACGACCCUCUUGCCCCUAUACCCAUUUCUCUGGCCUGGCUUUUUCUCCAGGUUUGUUUGUUUUUUAAUGGUGAUACUUUUUACUUUUUCAAUAAACGUAAUUCCCAAGCUG